GCCGAGCCGAGACGAAGCGCUCGAUACUGACGUUGUCGAUGCUAUUCGAUCGCCAUUUUGUUGAAUAAUUUUCAACUCGUGAUAACUUUCGAUUCGAUACGCGUUCAAUAAUCGUUUUACCAUCUCAAUUUCGGCGGCAAAUUGGAUAUCAAAACAAGUAUUGGAUUUGGAUCACCAUGAAGAAAUGUUCAUCGCUUGUGUGGCGGUUUUUUGAUCGUAUUGAAAAUGAAAGCAAGAGAUGUCUUGCCGUAUUGUGUAAAUUAUGUGAAACGCAGUAUAAAUUUUUCGGAAAUACAACAAAUUUGAGAUCACAUAUGGUUAAUAAGCAUCCUUUGCAAUGGGAAUUGGCUCAGAACCAGACUCUGGACGAAGCAAAUUUCAGGAUUGACGACGAAGAUACAAAUCAAUCAACGACUUCACCAAAACGGAGGAAAUAUUCACGGGCCUACAACAAAGAUAAAAAUGUACGUUAUUCAGUAUCAGUUGAUAAUCCAAGGAUCUCAACCGGAGGGCAAGCGAUUCCAAAAAUUGAAAUCCAAAGGAUUGAUGUUUUAGAAGCAUCUGAUGGGGAAAACGACAAUGAGGAAACAGAAGCUACAUUAAAUUUAGUCAGACAAUUACACAACUCAUCUGGAUUAAGGGGAUCAGAUGAAGAAUGGUUGGAAGACGAAACAUAUGCUCCAAUAUAUGAACCAAAACGCAAGAAAAUGGCAUACAGAAAAAUUAAACGUGAAGUGUUAACUCCUCCGAGAAGGCAGUCAUAUGUUCGGGUAAUAAAGAAUGAACCAAAACCAACACCGAGUCCUAUAGUCUUAGAUAGUUAUAAGGAUGAGUAUUCCGUAUUCGGGGAGUAUGUAGCGAAUAAGUUAAGAAAGUUCAAGACUCCACGUACAAGAGGGAAUUUGCAGCAAUUGAUCACAACGAUUUUGUGGCAAGCAGAGUAUGGAGCAUAUGAUAAUGCAGAUGCUGUGAAACGGCUCCUGAUGUACUCCGUUCACGCACAGGAACCUGAGCCGGAGUCACAGAUUCACCAGGAGUUUGAGACGCAUGUGCAAACUGAAGAGGUUAUUGACCAAAGGGAGGAUGAACCAAACCAAAGCAUUGAAUAGUUUAUCUUUAUUGAGAGAUAUCUUGUUAUAAUUUUGUAUAUUAAGAAAUUGAGAUUUCAGAUUCAACAAAUAAUUAAUAAAAUGUUGCAAGGUU